AUGUUGUCCAUCUUCAUGGCACAUAGACCACGCGACGCUCUCUCCAAGGUCGAACGAACUUUCUACGAGCAGGUGAAGGGCACGCCCAUGGGUUCGCUCAUUUCCGGACUCAUCGUAGAGGCAUUCCUGAAACGGUUGGAGUCGCACGUUUUCCAACACCACGGAGCGAAAUCCUGGGCUGCGUAUGCGGACGACACCUUCGUCGUUACUGAGCAGGAUCAGGUGCUGGCAUUUAAGGGACGUCGAAAUGCCGUCUUCUCGGAAAUUCAAUUUACGACGUAG